UCGCUGUGCGCUGUAGUCGCCAGUCAGUGACAAAGUGUCUUUUUAGCGUGAAUCGCCUUCUUUGAAAGUAAACAAAACAAAAAUCAUAAAAAAUGCGUCUGGGCGCUACAGUACCGAAUUUCAAAGCUGAGACCACUCAGGGUCCCAUUAGCUUCUACGAGUGGCAGGGCAACUCUUGGGUCGUACUCUUCUCACAUCCCUCGGAUUUCACACCCGUCUGCACCACGGAGCUCGGUCGCAUUGCCGUCCAUCAACCAGAGUUCGCCAAGCGUAAUGCUAAAUGUCUGGCCCACUCGGUGGAUGACUUGAAAUCGCAUGUGGACUGGGUAAAUGACAUCAAGUCCUACUGCCUGGAUAUUCCCGGAGAAUUUCCUUACCCCAUCAUUGCCGAUCCUCAUCGCGAUCUGGCUGUACUCUUCGGCAUGUUGGAUGAGGAACAGAAACGUGACCCGGAAAUCGGCAAAACCAUUCGUGCGUUGUACAUCAUUAGUCCCGACCACAAAGUGCGCGUUUCGAUGUUCUAUCCCAUGUCGAUGGGACGCAAUGUUGAUGAGAUUCUCCGUUGUCUGGACUCGUUGCAAUUGACUGACAAGUUGAAGGUUGUCGCUACGCCAGCCAACUGGACUCCUGGCACCAAAGUAAUGAUUCUGCCUGACGUGACUGAUGAACAAGCUAAGCAGUUGUUCCCCAAGGGCUUUGACAAGGUAACGAUGCCGUCUGGCGUCAACUAUGUCAGAACAACUGAAAACUACUAGAUUUUUUAUGAUAAAAAUCAAACAAAAUUCAAAAAAGAGAUUUAAAAAAAUUUAAAAAUUAAUAUUAAAAAUUUAAAAAAAAAUUACAAUUUGACUCCAGAAGGAGUUGAGUUGGUGCCCAUUUGUAUAUACAUUAUUCUGUGCUGAUCAUUUUAAAAAUGAUUUUGUGCUUGAUCUUAUUUAUUGUUAUUUAAUAAGUAGAAAACAAAAAAUAAAUUUUGAGUGCAAUUCAAA